GUGUGAUAUUUCUCAAGAUCAUUAUCCAUGGUUUAAAUUUCUCAAUAAACUCCUUUAAUGCUCAUCUUCUUGUCUACUGUAAUGUCCAAAACACAGUUGCUCUCUCUCAAAUUUCAUCUUAUAUCAUCUGCUUUGUAGUGUGGAUUUGGUAUAUGUUCUUUUCUUUGCUUUUAUGGUUUCAGACCAAGUCUAGUGGUAUAUUCGCUGAUGAUUUCGGAAAGAAAGAAAGUGAUUAUGUGGGAAUAUCAAAUUCAUUGAAUCCAAUGAAACAUCCACUUUGUUUCUUGAAUGUUUUGUUCAAUUAUUACGAGAACUUGAACGGUUAUAGUUAAACAACUUAGACUUCUUCUUAACCUUUGGGUUUACUUCGUUAUCUGUUGCCUCUUCCAUUCCCAAAACCUUUAAUUAUGGUCUUUAACCACAACUUCUCUAAACUCUUCCUCUUCCUCCACUUAAGUAUUAUAUAAACCUUAAGGCCUAACAAGGGAGAACGAUUGUCUGGUUCACUGUGAGUUUUAAACCAAAGUAAAGUUAUCAAGGUAAAAUCUUUUGCAGCAUAUAUCUUCUUGUGUUUGUAGUUUCCUCUGUUUUUGUUAGUCUAUGUUCUUCUGACGUUUCUGUUCUUUGGUAACAUCAUUGCGUAUUUUAGCAUCAUUUGAACAGAAUCUGCUUUGUUCGCUUUUCAUUAUGAUCUGCAAGUGUCAAAGUGUUGACCUUCUUUUAACUUAAUCAAUGCAAUAUUGGCUGUGUAAAAACGUGAAUUUUUUUCUUUGUUUCAAGACAUGUCAGAUGCUUUGAAGAAUCCGGUGAUUAAGUUGAAACUACUCAUAGAUGAAGAGAAAAACAAGGUUGUAUUCGCUGAGACGGGUAAAGAUUUUGUCGAUAUACUCUUUAGUUUUAUGACGUUGCCAAUGGGAAAGAUUGUUAGAUUGAUGGAGAUGCAUCAGAAGUCACAAUCAAUAUCAAUAGGCUGUUUCAACAAUAUCUAUGGAAGUGUUUUGAGUAUGGGCAUGAAGCAUUUCAGGACUGAAGCUUGUAAGCAAAUGCUUUUGUAUCCGGGCAGUUUGAAUCAGGAGAAAUGUCGAAACCUCAAGAUAAGGAUAGAUGAUUCUGAGCGUACAAAGUGUUUCAUAUGCCCUAUGUUUGAGCGAAGCGGGCAAUGUUGUAAAUGGUAUAGCAAUUUUAAUACAUCGAGAUGUAGCUGUGGGAAUUUGAUGGAUGAAGUGAUUCAGUUUCAAGGAGAAGGAGUUGGAGCUACAGUAGGAAAUGGUGCUGAAGGUGGAGUAUUUGUGAGGAGUGAUCAUACUUCAUUCGUAAUCACCGAUGAUUUGAAAGUGGAAGUUAGCUCUGUUGAGUUAACACUUAACGUUCUUAAAGAUCUUGGCUACACUGAUUGUAAUAAGUUGGUUGAGAUGAUUUACAACUUUAACUUCGAAGAGGUUAACUUUUCUUCUACUAGACUUUUAAACUUCCAUGUUCUUAUGCCAGUUUUCUCUUAAUUUUCGUAGGUAGCAACUUUGUUGGAGUGCUUAUUCACAUCGGAUACUCCAUUGACCGAUACAUUUCUGAAAAAGAAAAGCUCAUAUGGCAUGAAGAGAAUUCACAAACCGCUGAGUCCUGCCCUCCGUGAAGAAAGAGAGGAAUCAAAAGCUGAUCAAACGAUUACGCUAAAUGCCUAUGUUAGGAAGAAGGAAGGGAACAUUCUGUUUGUUGAAUGUGGCGAAGAUUUUGUUGAUCUUCUCUUUACUUUUCUUGCUAUGCCUCUAGAAUCUGUAUGGGGAAUAGUUGGGAAUGGAACCAUCCUUGGAUGCAUUGGAAACUUGUGCAGAAGCUUUAAGGAUUUAAGUAUUGUUUCUAGUAGAGAAGCUAAAUGUGUACUUCCUCACUACUACAAGUGUCAUAAGCAGCUUCUUGAUGUUGUCACACCCCAUGAGCCACCAACUUACUACAGUUAUGUUUCCUUCUCCGUGGAUCAUUUUAGAGAGUACAAUUUGUCUGAAAACUCUGAUAAGCCACUUGUUUAUGAGUGGGAUAAACUUGUGCCCGUGAUUUCGAUAGAUCCAAAAUCUGAAGGUGAUGGUAACACUAGUGAUGAGUCAACAACAUCUAGUGGUGGAUUUAUGAAGAGAGGGACAAAGUUUAUGGUGACAGAUGAUUUGAUCAUUACACCUUCAAAUUCAACCUCAACCAUUGGACUGCUAAAGGAAAAACAGGUCCGGUUAGACGAUGUUGAGAUUCAAGUGAUCACCAUUAGGAAAGAAGAGGCCAUUAGGUUAUUAGAAGCUUCAUUGGUGACAUUUUCUGCCUUAAGCACUAGUCUUCUAGCUAUGGAAAUUGCUUCAACAAGUGUUCCUCAAAGCCGACUUUUUAAGAAGCCAAAGAUUGAGACUUGAGAAGCAAUGUUCAACCCGAAACUUCGAGUUCUUGCUAAGUUUGAUUGCUAGUGAAUCUUUUGAUAGCUUGUGAAUGCUCUCAGUUACUUAAAUAGUUCCCUGAUCUAUGCUCAAUUGCUCAUUUUCUGCUUCACUUGGAGUGUUGUUUUCUGAGCUAUUAAUACUAUACUUUGAUUUCCUAUCACAAACAGCUGCCAUUAGAGUUGCGUCUCUGAUCGAACAUCACAUCUCUCUGAUCAAACAAGGCGCUUAUGAUUCAGCAGUGUAGUCUAGCUAAGUAAUGUUAAUAUGGGCGGACCAGGCCCGUUUAAA